UAGCACUGCAGUGGGAUGGAAAUGGAAGUGGCCAUCCGCCACCGGCGAAACACGACCAGCAAACCACCGGACCACACCCGUCUGGCCCACAGAACAAGCGAAACGGAUAGACCAAAAAAAGGAGGAAGAAUACUAGUAGUAGCGGGCGACGCGGCCGCGAGGCAGGCAGGUAGACCACGCCGCACGCCAGCCAGCGGCCAGCGCCCGCCCCGCCGCGCUUCGGCAUUUUCCCAUUUUCUCUCUCUGCCGCCGCUCCCUCCCGCGGCGGACUCGAUACCCCGCCUCUCCUCUCGCGAACUAGGGGGCAGCGGGCAGGUGCCGGCAGGCGGCUCGAUCCCUUCCUCCUCCCUCGUCGCGGGGACUGCUGCUGCUGCUGCCGUGACCGCGAGCAUGGCCACCGGCGCCGUUACGCCGCCGCCGCUGGCUGGCGCGCGGCGAUUCCCCCGUGGACGAAGCUUCCUCCACCGGCGCCUCGCUACCUCGCCUAUGAAAGAUGAAUCUGUGAUUUCCACAGAUGGUGGAAAUGAGGAGACAGACACUGACAGCCUCCAUGUUGCUAGAGGAUUGUCUCAUCCUGGGCUUUCGUCAAGUUUAUCCAAUAAGGCAUCAGUGGUCCCAACCCCUUUGCUUCCUUCUGGACAAUCUGAUCUCCGGUUCAAUCGUCUUCGACCCUCAAUUGAUGAAAGUGAUUGCAAAUACAAAAGAUUAUUUGGCUGCUAUGUUGCUCGUGAGGCUGUGAUCGAUGAGGAAUACUGGAUCGCUGCAUGGUUGAGAGCAGAAGAUCAGUAUGAAAAUGAGUCAGGCAAUCGCUAUGUUGAAAGCUUUAAAAGAAAGUUUGCAUCAAAGGAAUUCCAUGCAUUAAAGAAGAGAUGCAACACACAACAUAGAGAGAAGUAUAUCUGUCUUGUCGCGGUAAAGAACGAUGACAUCAGGCGAACUGUCCUGAAUAGUGUUGUUGGUACCUUAGAUGUAUGUGUAAGGCAUCCUCUAUAUGGGGAGAAAUUUCCUGAGGAGCCUGGAAAACCGUCUCUUCACUGUCGAAUUUAUCAGCCUGAUCAGCCAAAAUUUGGGUAUGUAACAAAUGUAUGUGUUGCUAAAUAUGCAAGGCGUCAAGGGAUUGCUAGCAACAUGCUGUUAUUGGCCAUAGAUGCUGCAAAACUUAACGGUGCUGAAAAUAUUUACAUUCAUGUGCAUAAAGAUAACUUACCAGCAUGGAGGCUCUAUGAUCAGAUUGGAUUCAAGGUAUGUGCCUUGUUUCAGUUUAAUCCUGAAAAACUUCGUGAAGGUACGUGUUGGGGACUUGUUCUCAAAUGCUUCGAAUUAAGAACAAGGCAACACGGAAAAUGUUAAGUAUUAAGGUCCUUCGUCCUUCAUAACGAUAUAUCCCUUCGGGAUAUAUAGCAUCUCGGACGAAGAUUACAAAGAACAUACCUUCGUAAGCAUAACAACGAAGAAUAAAGCAUUCAUAUAAAUCAUGAAAUAAACAUGUAAAUAUUAUCAUAGAAUUAUCUUUACUUGUAUUAAUGAAUAUAAAUGACUUUGAAGUACAAAUGUACCUUCGGUCUUGCGGAAGGCAAAAAGUACGAAUGUGAUGCGAAGGCAAAAAGCAGGUUCGCGUGAACAGUACAGAGGUACUGUUCAUCUAUUUAUAGACACAGGUCGCAGCCUGUGACAAAUUACAAUUAUGCCCCUUGCGGAAGUUUACAACAUUGACUCGGACAUACAUGUAUAAAAAGGUCAUUCUGCCUCUAUGUCGGUUUAAUACGCCGAAGCUCCAUGAAAAGGGACCUUCGGCCAUCUCUUAGAAACGACUUUGGCCGAAGCUGCUUCUUCGUGUGAGACCUUCGGCGUACCGAAGCACGACCCCAACAGUAGCCCCUUUCGCGGUGCUAGAUCGUUCUUCGUAACGAGCUUGGCCCGUGAAAAAAAACCUCUUCAGCUUCGGGAAGCCGAAGGUCCAAAAAACACCUUCCCUGAGCUCGUUGCGGAGAAACGAUCCGACUUCCGAGCGCGUGCCAAGCCCACUUUGUAGAGUUACUGUUUGGUCUUUGCGGUCCACUGCACAGCGGGUAUGAGUUACUGUGCGCCUGGUGUAACAGUUCCACCGCUUCGCCUUCCUACCUGCAGCACUAUAUAAACAAACAGGUGGGUGUGAAGUUACCACAGCAUUCAUUGCUAUUUGCACUGUUUCGCUGCCAAAAUUUUUCACCAUAGCCGAAGCUUAAGUCUCAGAAUCGAACGAAGGUGCUUCUCAACGUCCGCUUCGUCAGAAAGAAGAGCUUCGGAGAAAAGAAAAAAGGAAAAAGUUUUUGACUUCCCAAACUUAGAAUCAAAUGGCGAGAAUACGAUCUACUGCCAAAGUUGUACGUGAGGGAGACGAAGCCGAAGGUUCAGACACUGUGCCCAUCUCCGAAGCAAUGCAGCGUUCCGGUCUACUGACUACAGAAGAAAUGCCUGCUGCUGAAGCAGGCCCAACAACUGCCGAAGGAAAAGAAAACAUUGAAGGGACUGACUCCGAAGAUGACUAUCACCUUGCUAUGCCCAGCAAGCCCAGUCACCUGGAUUUUGGGAAAUCAACUGUUUCAAAAGCUGACCUUUCGAAGAUGGUGAAAGCAGGUUAUUUCAAUGAGGACCAGAAGAAGCUACUCCGCUUCGGGGAAGAAGAAACCACCCCGAAGCCAAGGAAGGAUGAGAUUGUUAUUUUCAAGAGUUUUUUAAAAGCCGGGCUUAGAUUCCCUCUCCACGAUAUUGUUGCGGAGAUACUAAGGAGGUUUGGUAUCUACUUUCAUCAAUUGACUCCUAACGCCAUCGUUAGGCUCAAUGUUUAUAUCUGGGCCCUCCGAAGCCAAGCUGUGGAACCAUUUGCUGACAGCUUCUGCCGAGCUCACGAAUUACAUUACCAAACAAAGGCCAGAAAAGAUGGGCUACAUGAUAAUUUCGGUUGCUAUAAUUUUGCCUACCGGAAGACAACAAAGUGCCCUGUCAUCAGCUACCGAAGCAAAUGGCCAGCAGGUUGGAAAUCUGAGUGGUUUUAUGUAAAAGUCGAUGAAGACAAAGAAAAAUUGGUACAAAGCCCUCUGGAGUUAAUCUUCGGAGAGACAAGACCACAAUGCCACAUUGGCGACCUAAAAGGUCCCACCUGGGCUGCUCUGGGUGAAUUUGAAAUUAUCUCAGAACAUAUUGGCACCAGGGAUCUAGUUCAAGAGUUCUUGGCAUUCAGAGUUUUCCCUACUCUAAAAGAGUGGGAGAUGCCGAAGCUGGAGGGAGAGAAGAAGAAGGGGGAGCUUGUCCGGCUUCCCUAUUACUUCAAGUUCAAGAAGUUCUUCAAAAAACCCUGCAAAGAAUGGUUAGACACUGUUGAGGUGAUGUGCAACGAAAUCCUAGGGAAUUACUCCAAAAAAGAGGAUCAACUAAUGACAGCAGCCUUCGGUGCCCGACCGAAACGAAGGCUGAACCGAGUGCUUGACGCCCUAGGCUUCGAAUACCCAGACUACGAACAAUUGAACAAGGGCGCCGAGGGCCUCAAAAGAAAAAGAGUAGCCGAAGCUCUGAUCAGGGAUGAAGAAAUACCAGCAAAGGAGAAGAAAGUUCUCAAGAAAAGAAAAAUAUCUGCUCCGAAGCGCAAAUCACCCGAAGAAGAGGAGACCCCCACACCGCCUUCUACCAGCGACGUGGAGGAAAUUUUAAAGGUAAUGACUGAACCCAUGCCUACGAAGCUAAGUCCACUAGGGCUCCAACUGACGAAGCUUUUUGAAAAGGUGGACGAGCCGGAUCAACCGAAGAUAAACAAACCCAAACGGCAAAGAAUUAUUGCGGUAACUGAGGUUAUCGACAAAACUCCACCUAGGUUGUCAAUUCAGAAAACGGCAGCUGCUGAAGGUAGAGCUUCGGAAGUCACGGCUACCGAAGCUGCCACACCCGAAGAUGUAAAUUUAGAAACUACUCUUGAAAAUAUUGACAAAAUUUUGACGGAAAACUUUGAAGAAGCUGCCACCGUUACUGAAGAAAUCCUGGCCACAGUGCCAGGGAAAGGGAAAGAAAUAGUCGAAGAAACUCCGGACGACGAAGCCUAUUCUUUCCAGAAUCUAAUUGGGCAGAAACUGACGAAGGACGAAAUAGAAGAACUCAAAGACUAUGCCAAAUCUUGCGGCUACAAGCCAGGAGCCCUUCUAUUUGGGGGUGUAGAUGAUGAAAAACUAGGCUGUAUUCGAGACCAGACUGGAGCUAAGGUAAUCUGUACUCUAUCGAAGAGUAUCGGUUUUCCGAAGUUAGAGACAGACAUCAGCCGCUACCGACGACAACAUAUCGUCGGCAGCUUGUUUUAUUCUAACUUCAAGGUAAACAACCUUUUUCUCUGGUUUUUAUUGCCGUUAACAAUGAAAAUAUUACUUAACAUAAGUUGUUUCUGUUCAGAGCAUGCUACUGAGCAAAGCUCUGAAGAUGCAACAAGACUUGGAGGACAAAAAGCACGAAGCUAUAAUUGAAAACUUGGAAAGCAAAAUAAAAGAGCAAUCUGCCAUCAUUGAAAAGAAAGACUUCGAGCUCCAAUCGACCGAAGGCUUGCUGGCUGAAACUGAGGCUAAAAUAUUAGAGUUAAAUUCGAAGCUUAUCAAUCAAUCAAAACAAUUUGAUCAGGAGAAGCUAGAACUGAAUUCGAAGCUUAAAGCCGAAGUCCAGACCAGUUCAGAAUUGAAGAAAGCAUUAACAAGCCUUCAAGACAAAUGCUUGAACUUUGGCAAUAAUUGUAUUGGACGAUUAAAGAAGAUAUUUUACUCUGUUGGAG